CCUAUCACAGGUUUCAUGUUGUAUCGACAGCAUCACCAAAGUUCGGUGGCGAAGGAUAACAAGGGUUCAUCCAACCCUGAGAUAUCCAAAAUAAUUGGAAACAUGUGGAAGCGCUUGACGGAGCACGAGCGUGAAAUCUGGACGCAACUCGCUGAAGAAGAGAAGAAACACCACGCACUCAAAUAUCCAGGCUAUCGAUAUAAGCCGAACCGCAGACCCAAG